GUGUGUGUGUGUGUGUGUGUGUGUGUGUGUGUGUGUGUGUGUGUGUGUGUGUGUGUGUGUGUGUGUGUGUGUGUGUGUGUUUGAAAGAGAAUAGCGAGCCGGCAGUGGUGGACGAAGUAAACCAAUUGUGUACUUGAGUAAAAGUACAGUUACAUUGCAUUGAAUAUUACUCAAGUAAAAGUAAAAGUAUUCACCUCAUUUUUUUACUUGAGUAGAAGUACAAAAGUAUCUGCCUUCAAAAAUACUUAAGUAUUAAAAGUAAAAGUAUUUUUUUUUUUUUUUACUAUCACAUCAAAACCCCUACUUGAACAGGUGAACAAUGCUUUACAUUUGCCUAAUCAAACAAACAAAUAAUAUUAAUGAUCUCUCUCAAUGACCACACCACCUUGUGCUUCCAGCUCCAGCGUGACUUUGCAAUUCUACAAUCAGGACGACACCUGAGGUGCGUUCAAGUUCAGCGAACAUAGGCGAACGUUCGCAACGAACGCGUUGACAUUAAACAAUUAAUUUUGAACGAUUUUUGAACACCGUUCUAAACAAACUUUAAACGAAAAAAAUGGAUACGAAGGCCAUGGUAUUAGCGGCAGCCUCCAUGUUAAUGGAAGAGUUUACAGAAGAGGGUUUGCAAGUGGUCGACCUCGUUGAAAGCCUACUGCAGACAACCAGUACGGACAAUUCAAGAAUAGAGGGCUACGUCACCGAAGUUGUACCCACUUACUGCGAUAUAAUGUUCAAAUCGCAUUUUAGGAUGCAAAAGACAACAGUUGAAGUAAGGGUGUAGAUAGGCUAUAUGAAACGUUUUAUCUAUUGCUUUCUGUGUAGGAAAGGAGUAAAUGAUUUCAAUAUAGUUUAGUUUAAUGCCAUGGCAACGAAUGUCACGUAGCCGAAGAGAGCACCGCGAUCCAUCUCUGUUUGUGGAGAACUACCUCUUCAGACAGUUUGCCUAUGUUCGUAAACGUUUGCUUGCUUAUGUUCGUUUAACGAAAAUGUUUAAAAUCGUUCGAACGUUCGCCUAUGUUUGCGAUUCUGAACGCACCUCUGUUGUUAACUUCAGCAGAUAAUCGCGCGCUGGGCGCUGCCGCUUAUUGGUUAUAGUCGCGAUACACUUUGACCUUUUUGGUAUUUUAUUAAAAAUAAAAAAGGAACGAGUGUUUCUGUAAAUGUAAAGAAGUGAAAAGUAAUAAUUUUCGCUUUAAAUGUAGUGAAGUAAAAGUAUAAAGUCUUACCAAAUAAAUGUACUUGAGUAAAGUACAGAUACAUGGAAAUGUUACUUAAGUACAGUAAUGAAUUACAUGUACUUCGUUAGUGUCCACCACUGCGAGCCGGUGCUUGCUACGUUUACAUGAUGACGGUUUGAACAGAAGACGCAAAAGUGGCGUCGCGUCUUCAUUUUUUAUUCCGCGUUUAGACGAGCGUUUUCGGGAGGAAAUCUGCGUGCAUACGUUGACACCAAAAGUGUGGAAUUUGAUUGGGUAUGCAGUGUUUCCCCCAGUAAAUGUCUCAGUCAAGGUGGUAAGCAGUCGGUGGUGUUGUUGGCCGAAAAAUUUUGGGGGUAUUUUGCUCAAAGAUGCCAGUACGCAUGAAUGAAAUAAACGACUGUUUAUUUCCAUAUAAAUAAACAACAGUAGGUACAAAUGUUGUGCAAACAUGCAGACACUACAAAAUAAAAUUAAAGAAAAGUGCAAAUUAAAUACAAAUAAUGGACAAUACACUUAACUUUUGUAUGCAAAUUCAACUAUUUACAGUUCCUUUUUUGGAUCUUAUUUGCGGCACAGCUGACAAGAGGCAUCAGUGCAUGCAAUUCUGCGUGGCUGUGCAAAGAACAGUUCCAGCGCCCUGCUGUAAUUGAACUUAGACACUGGUGGGCCAUUGAUGCUGAUCUUCAUGCAGGCUAUAUGGCUGACGACCCCCAGAGAAAUUUUCGCUCUGCGUAUUACGAAAAGGUGGGGUUUCGAGGAGUGGAAGAAAAGAAAUCCUUGGAGAUUCUGCUGAAAGACAACCCUUUAGAUGUUGAGAAACUGAGCACUUUCAGCCAAAGGUUUCCCCUCCCAUCAAUGUACAGGAUCCAUGUGUGGAAAGUUUUGCUGGGUAUACUGCCACCGCACAGUGACUCGCAUGCUCUGGUGGGAGGAUACAGAAGGGAGCAGUAUGAGAACAUUCUCGAGGCCUUGGAGGCAAUGAGGUUCAUCAAUUCAUCCACUCCGAACACAGAGGUCUACCUGCGCAUGUUUCAGCUGGAGGGCCAAGUUCUGCCGCGACGGUCCGAAAUCCCUCCAAUGGGGGAGGAAGAUGAGGACUUCCUGUCUAUUAGCAGAGCCAUGGAGGAGAUUGUUGUAAAUCCUAUGGAUUGCUAUUGGCUAAUAAAGUGUUUUCACAAUCAGUUCAACACCAAAUUUGGAGAUUCGUUACCCCAUCUUCCCAAGAGUCUGCAGCACUACCUGAACCAGGAGGAACCCCGGCUCCUGAAUCAUCUGAAAAUCAUGGGCGCCUUGGCCCAGCUGCCCUAUAACCCCUGGUUCAACCGCUGCUUUGCUGGCACCUUGCCAGAGUCUAGCCUGCAAAGAGUAUGGGACAAAGUGAUCAGUGGCUCGUGUAAGAUCCUGGUGUUUGUUGGACUUGAGAUUCUGCUCAGCUACAAGAUCAUUCUCAUGGGCAUGAACCGGCCGGAGGUUGUGGUGAAAUUUCUGGGCAAUAUACCCCAAGAGAACACGGAUGCCAUCGUGACCAAAGCCAUAGACCUAUGGCACAAGUACUGUGGCACGCCGAUGCAUUCUGUAUAACCGUGUGGACCUAUAGGUGCCGAAGGACUGUAAGCACAGCGUUACGAGACCCACCAUCAGCUUUAAAGAGAAAGCGAUGGCAUGACUAAAAACUCAUCAUCAGUAGACUUGCCCCUUGACUCGCCAGUUCAUUUGCGGAGGUCUUCAAGACAAAAACAUGUUGGAAAAUACCACAAGGAUGCAGACAUGGACUCAGUGUUAGUUUUUUCCUUAGUAUUUAUGUUUCAUUCUUUAAGAAACUGCAUACAUUAUAGAAGACUCACAAUAAAUUAACAAUCACAUGCAGUUUUUCCCACUAUACAAAAAAGUUUUUUUUUUUUUUUAGAUCACUGGUUGCUUUAUGUACAUAUGUAAAAAUUCUGACAAUUAUAACAUUUGUCAAAACAUUUAAAAAGUAGUACAAGGUACAGUAAGAUCACUGACCCUUCUAAAACACAAGCACACACCCAUUCGUACACAUUCAUGAGACCGGGUAACCGUCAAUUGAGCUGUAAGUGUACUGUAAACAACAUUUGAAUAAAGGGUGGCAGGUUUUUCUGUAUUCAUUAGUGCCAGGGUUGCAUUACAUUUGUAUUUGAUAUCGUCCAGAAAACAGGCGUCGUAUCAGAGAUUAUGCAAAGACCAAGAACUAAUACCAGGAGGAAUGUCAAACAUUAAAGCAACUCAAGUUCUUUUUGGAAAAAGACCCUGUCUCGGAUCCUCUGUCAUGGUCAUCGUGGUGUAAUGUCUGUCUUUUACCAACAAUUAGAAAAGUAAAAGGAUGAGUACAUUAUAUUGGCAAGACUCAUGAUCAGUAUCAACAGCCAAAUAAAAAUGGCUGUUGGGGAAUUCCUAGUUAGUACUAUCAAAGAAUUGUCUUACCGUGCAGACGGUAUAUAUACCAAAAAAAAAGUCCCAUUUUCUCUCGCAUUAAAGGUUAUAGCGGAUAAGUUUCCAAUGCGAAAAGUCAGUCUGCAGUUGUUUAAUCCCUGUAAAGGAGACUGUAGGCACAGUGACACAGUGGAUUGCGGAGCUCCCCAAACCCUUAUUCUGGGAUGCACUCAAGAUUACACCUGCCAUAUCAUUUUGUGGUGCUUUGGUUUCAAACUGGUAGUGAAGCUGUCUGAAAUAUCCUAAUGUUUGAGCUCUUGAAUGCAGCCCAAAAAUAGGCAGAAAGACAAAAUCUAAGAUUAUUGCUAAUAUCGUGAAUCGGUAAAAAAAAAAGACUUGUCGGGAGGAGUGGUGGUGGUUGUGGUACAGCUGCCUUAAGAUCUAUAGUAAUGAUAUUUGUGAUAUUUUAUGUAUGGUAAUGUUCAAUGGGAGUCACAUAUACAAGUACAAUUAGAAUGUGCCAAAGGCAAAUAGUCUAAGAGUUUGGUCUAGACAGGGAACCAAAAAUAUCUCAGCAUUAGGAACUCUUCUCCUACCAAACCCCACAUUGGCACAAAUACCUUUAUCAGAAUUUCUGAAGUCCAGCUUAGCAGAGUUCUGCAGAAAAACAAUUCAGCAAAGUAAUACCCCACCCCUUCAUCAUAAUCAUAUAAACAAUGACUACAAUGAAAAUCCGUUGGGAGGUUGGGGGGAAGCCAUUUUCUCUCUGUGUGUCGCUUUUAUGCAUCGGUCAUACAUUCCUGUGGUGGCACUAGAACACAGGUAAGAGUGGGCUACUGUAGUAAAAGAUUGUUCUUUCCAGGCAGCUGCUGCGGACAACACCAGAAAAUAUUGUAGUAUUCCAGGGGCAGCAGUCCAGCCACUGUGGUGUAUUAGGAGAUUAGGAAAGUAUACUGCUAUGGAGGGGUUGGAGUUUAUGGUCGAUGAAACCUGCAGGAAAAGGUAGAGUAAACACUUUAAGGCUAGGCAAAACCCAGUUUUAGUUAAAAACCUAAGAGUUUAGAAAAAUGCAAUCUGAGCAGUGCUGACAAAAGGUUUUAGAAGAAACAGACGCAUUGGGUUCCAUAGGACUAAGCAAGGCCUGUUCAAAUGUGACCAAAUCCCACGUCACACUUGCUCGAGCAAGGGUACACAGCCAAUAGAAAUCAACCACGAAGGAAAAGCUUUUUUUCAGCAGCAGACCAAACUCUAUUGUAGAGAUAAUUUCCCUGUAAAUAAAUAAAUGUUCACCAACACUUCAAAAAAAGGUGAUUGGGGGGUGAGCUAAGUCAAAGUCCCAAUGAGGACAGAAGCAUAUCCUGUGUGACUGAGAAAACAAAUACCUACCUAGUAAAGUGACGGCUGGACUCGUGCACCUCCAUCUCUGUGCUUUUGAACUCAUUCAGCUCUUUCCUUAUGGCAGCCUGAUGCAAAAAAAUAAACAGGAAAUAUGAAUUCUCUGCACAAAUCACGUGCAUGUGUACCAUAUACAAAAGGGUAUAUAAAUGUGUUUGGGCCUCAACCUUAUCCAUUGCGGUCAGUCGUGUCCAGGGCUUAUCCGCCCGCCUGUCGUAGUCCUGAGCCUCCGCCACUUCCACGUAGUCACUGAAGCGGAUCAGAAUCUUAGCCUCCCGCAGUUCCUCCACGGUGGGCCUCUGGCUGAGCUAAGGGAUGGGGAAGAGGAGGUGAAUCGUUAAGGUGGAGGGAAGAGAGAACCGGCUCUUUGCCGAGGACAUGCGGCAUGCGAGGCCUGGGUGGCCAGCUGGUGCAUCCAACACUGAACAGAUGGCGGCCAAAGAAAAAAG